GGGCUUGAUCCAGUGAUAUGGGUGCGAAUAUUGUUGAGUAUAAAUUAGGGGCAGGAUAGCUUCACAGAUUCACUUUGGUAACAAGAAAAUGAUAAAAUGUAGAGUCAACAUUGCUAAUUGUCCUGUUCUCAUUGUGAAAAUGAAGGCCAACCUUGACAUAGUUAGAAAACUUAUGUUACGGAAAGUUAUGAACUUCCCUAUUAUUUCAAAUGUAAAAAGAAUCAUUGAACAGAAAAAUCUUGCCAUUCUCCGGUACUUUCGAACAAGAAAGUCUUUCCGAAAAAAUGUACUACUUGUCUCAUUACUGUAUACAGCGCCUUAUUAUGUGAACAACUUUCCAAUUGUCACUUUGCUGAGCUUCAUAGUGAUUAGCGCAGUUUUACAACUUCAUACGGAGCUGUUAGGUUGUCCUGCACAUUGGAAAAUCCCUGUAUUUGCUGUUAAGAAAUUUCGGGCGAAUAACGCUCUUCUUCUCUUCCUGCUGAAGGUGUCUACAAUUGAUCAAAUUGUCAUCGAUCGCUUUUUGAUCUUUCCUAUAUCAGUUGCAAGCAGUGCGCUUAAGCAUCUACUUCUGUGUUGCCUGAGAGAUGACAAAGCUUUUUCGUUAAACUAA